AUGUUUCGCAACACCUAUCAAAAGGGAUUUCUAUCGGUUUUUUCGAGUACAGGCAGCAAGCCACUCGCCAACUGGUCCAUGCACGUAAAAAAUGGUCACAUCAAACGCAAAACCGACACCGACCUCAACUCGCUCGUGCUCGAACUGAUUGGCGUGAAUGUCGCAACGACCUUCAUUUGUACGCCGUGCCCGGGAUUUUGCUCGCUCGCGAUAAAACUACCCUUUCUCACGUUGAUUGUGAAAAAUUUAAGAAAGUAUUUCACAUUCGAGAUUCAGAUUCUCGACGACAGAAAUCAACUGCGUCGUUUUCGUGUGUCAAAUUAUCAGUCGACUACUCGCGUUAAGCCUUUUUUGACGUCAAUGCCGUUAUGCCUGUCACCGGGAUGGAACCAAAUUCAAUUUAACUUGGCGGAUUUUGUGAGACGCGCUUACGGCACGAAUUACAUCGAAACGGUGCGGAUUCAGAUGCAUGCGAAUGUCUUACUGCGACGAAUUUUCUUCUCGGACCGCUUAUAUCCGGAGGAAGAAAAACCAGCGGAAUAUCGAUUGUUCAAGUCGAUUCAGGACAUCAAAAAACCAACAAAAAGAGUCCCAAAGCUGCCGAAGUUAUCGAAACAAGAAGAACCAAUUGCGAGACCAGUAAGUCCAAUAACGGACACUGAAGCAGAAGAGGAACUCAAAUCAAUGAAAUUGGACGAAAAAGAGGCAAUUGUCACUGAAAUCGAGCCAGAAAAGAAAUUGGUUGAAGAAGAAACCAAAACUGAAGAAAUUUGUGAGGAACACCAAGAAGUUGAAGAACAAAUGGAGACGCCUGGUCCUCCACCAAAUGAAGAAAAAGAAGAAAUUGAAGAAAAAUCUGAACCAAAACCCGAAAUAGAUGAAAUAAACAAAGCUCCGAGCAAAGUCUCUUUCCGUCCAGAAAUUGAAGAAACCAUUCCGGAAAACGUAGUUGAGCCUGAAGAAGAAGAAGAAGAACAACUUAUCUAA